AUGGUCCGGACGAAGAAGCUCCUUUCGCAGGGGACACCCUCCAUUGGUUCGCCCCGUAAAUAUAGUGGCACGAUGGAUGACUAUGUAUCCACGCCGGCAGAUCUGCGGGGAACCGGGCCUGCUGCCAAUAUGGCGCCAACCUCCCCUGGCGCUGAAAGCGCAGGAAUCUCGUCGGAGGAUGGAGACCAGGGCGGCGCGCUGCAUCUGAUCCGGCAGGAACUUACCCGGAUUGCGGCAACUAUUCUCACGAAGGCGGACUCCAGUGGCAUGCUCCAAGAAUUCCGGGCGGCGGUACGAGAGGAGAUUACCACACUGCACACGGACCUGUCUGCUGUGGAGGUGAGAGUGGACGCCUUAGAGACGGAGGCGCAGGCGAGCCGUUCCCAGCAUAGGGCAGCCGAGAUAGCAGCCACCAGGCAAGGGAAACUCCUCCUCACACUGCGGCGACAGGUUGAGGACUUGGAGAACCGCAGCCGCCGCCAGAAUAUUAGGAUCCGCGGCUUACCGGAGCCGGAUACUUCACCCCUACCGGACACGGCCCGGGCUCUAUUUAAGCACAUCCUGGGGCGUAACUGCCCUGAAGAGAUCCAGUUUGAUCGUAUUCACAGGGCUCUGGGUCCCCCAAGACAAGACGGGAAGCCCAGGGAUGUUCUCUGCUGCCUGCACGCAUAUAGCCUCAAGGAGGCACUGAUGUCCGCCGCCCACAUAUGCAUCCGCAACUGGCUGCUGGAAACCCCGUUGGCGCCCAGCGGGAGACAGGGGCCCCGGAGCCCACAGCCGGAUCCACAGCAGGAGAGGGAGCAUCCCGCAAGGAUGAUGAGGAGUGAGGAAGCGACUGGACUCUACGGAGGUACUGGGGAUGGGCAUCGUGGUUGGCCAUACUGGGCAUUAGCAUCUAGGUUGGGUGGUGGUUGGGGACCUCCGCGGUGGGCCUCCCUCGUUCCCCCCCUCCUCCUCCCCCCCACUGCAGGAAGGACUUGGGACACUAUGCCGAAGAGAGAUGUGCCCC